AUGUUUAAUUCCUACAGUAGUUCUUCCUACUACUUCAGCUCCACAACCAACACAAACGAUGGAAGCACCACAACCGGGCACCGACAUGCAACAACUUCAUAUACCGACACUGACGGAAGCACCGUCGUCCGCACAGCAACCCAGGACCUCGGCCAACCUGCCGUUGUUGAAGAGCGCCGCUAUGACCGCACAGGGCAGGAACAACUCCAAGUAAAACAUCCAGAUUAUGGAACAUCAGCCGGCGGUGUCAGGCGCAUCACUGAUCUCGACGAAGACCCCUCAGGUCUGGAUAUCACAAAUGCCUAUGGUGGGCCUGCGCAGCUUAUAGAUGAAGCUACCUCAAUCAUCGGUCGAGAUUCUGGGGCUUAUGAUGAGCAUAUGGAUUACGAUACUGCUGGUGGAGCCAGCCAUCAUCGGGAAGUGAGGGAUGCGGGUGGACGCAUGUUCAAGCGAGAUCUUGAUAUCGAUGGGACCGUGGCGAGGGAGCAUCGCGAAUACGAAAAUCCAAACACUGGAGUCAGGCUCGUGAGGAAUGAGGAUGUUGAUGUCUCGGAUGUGGUUUAG